UUGAGUUUCUUUCCAUAGCGUUUCCUCUUCCGACUUCUCCCCGCAAAAAGAAACAAGUAAUGAAAAUUCUCUCCGGCGACCUACCGACCGUGAAGUAGAGGAGUGCCCAAUCGACCCGGAACAGCAGAGGGAAAACGGAGAAAGACCGACGGAGGGAGAUUUCUCCGGAACAGAUUCUCCAUGAAGUGGAAUAGAUUCGCGUCAAUCCCAGUAUGCGGCGUUCUUAUGGUAAUGGGUGUCGUCUACUACAUCACGAUCUUCAUCUUCAUCGAAGAUUGGGUUGGUUUGGCCACCUCCGCUGGGACUCUGAAUGCUGUCAUCUUCACUUUCAUGGCCGCUCUCUCCCUUUUCUCUUUUGCUGUCUCUGUUCUGACCGACCCUGGUUACGUCCCGUCCUCUUCUGCGCCUGAUGUCGAAGCAGCUUCUGUUUUGGAUCCGGAAACCCAAAAAGAUAGUUCACAACUUAGGCAAUGUGAAAAGUGUGCUAGAUAUAAACCUCCCAGGGCUCAUCACUGCCGGGUCUGCAGAGUUUGUGUUUUGAGAAUGGAUCAUCAUUGUCUGUGGAUAAACAAUUGUGUUGGUUAUUGGAACUAUAAGGCCUUUAUCGUUUUAGUAUUCUACGCAACUGCAGCAAGCAUCUAUUCUACGGUUGUGAUGAUGAUCAGUUCUAUACAUAAAGACUGGGACUUUGCCGAAGUGCUUCCAUUCAAGAUUUUUUAUAUUCUUUCUGGUGCGAUGAUGGCUGGUUUGAGCAUCACACUUGGUACUCUGCUGGGUUGGCAUAUCUACUUAAUUACUCGUAAUAUGACUACUAUAGAGUAUCAUGAAGGAACAAGAGCAGCUUGGUUGGCUAAGAAAUCUGGCCAGAUUUAUCGGCACCCUUUCAACAUUACUGUCUAUGCAAACAUCUCCUCGGUUUUGGGUCCAAACAUGCUAAAAUGGUUCUGUCCCACGGCAGUUAGCCACCUGAAAGACGGAACGAGCUUCCCUACCUCACAUCAGAGUUGAUUCAGUUCACUGGAUUUAUCCCAGGCAGAAUCUGAAUGUUUUUCUUCUAUUCUUUACUGGUCAUGGUUGGAGAAGCUUAGACGAUAAACUGACCGGUGCUGGAAUAAUCUUGCACAUGUACAUAUGGGUUAUCUAGUUUUGCAGCAUACUUUAUAGUGAGGAACUUCCAUGCCCAUAACCACGUAGGCACUUUUGAUACUUGGGGAUGGAAAUGUUGGAACCAAACAGGACUGCUUCAUGUUUUCUUAUCCACACCCACCCACCCACCCACAACCCUUUAGUUGGUAGUGAAAAGUAGAUGUGGCAUCCACCAAGUUUGAGGGGAGAUCAGAAGAUUCAUAUUCACCUCACAAGACCCUGGAAACUCACCAAGAUUCCUUGAUUAACCAGAAUGUCAUGAAGAUACAAAGAAAAGAGAGAGAAAAGAAUACUGAGAAUUUCAACUUACACUCAGCAUCCUAAUGAUUGGUCUCUCAACUAAAAACAAAAAGGUGAUUCCCUCCCCUGGAUAAGCUUUGCUUUUGGUGCCCAACUGCAUCUUGUAGGAGAUUCAGGUGGGAAGGGUUCUGUCUGAUCUGGUCCUCUUCUAGAACUCAGAAAGUGGAGUACUUUUUUUUCCUAUUUCCUGAUGCAGUUGUUGUCAUCAGCUCAUUUGUAGUGUUAGUAAGUUGGAGUUUACUGUUGAGACCUUUCUGGCAGAGGCUGCAAUCAGCUUCCAUUACUACUAGAAUGUGGUCAUCUUGCAGAGUCUUCAUUGUUUUGUCCCUGGAGGCGUGGAUAAUGGACGAAUGACGUUUAAUUUCCUCCCUUUUUGUCAUUUGUUUAGUCCACUUUGCUCGACCUUUCCCUUCUUCCAAAUACUAGUCUUAUUCUGAUAGCUU